UUAGAUUUUAUAGAUAUGUUGGGGAAGCAUUAUCCAUCUCCAUUUCAAAUACGAAGAUGCUAUAUGCCAAUCGUUAUAUUACAUGAACCAAACUAAAUAAAGACUGUCUUACAACAUUGCGUAAACAAAGGUAGACUGUAUAAAUUUGCAGUACCAUUGUUUGGCAUGGGAGUAGCAUCACUUCCUGAAUCUACAUGGCCUCAAUAUCGAAAAAUAAUAGGAUCAAGCUUUAAUUCAAACAUAUUGCGAGAAUUUUUUAAUAUAUUUGUCAAGCAUUCUUUAAUAUUUGCAAACGAAUUAGAAGAUGUCGGAUUAAAUGGAGACGAAAUUAUUUUGAAUAAACAUACAAUGGCGAAUGCUUUGAACAUUGCAUGCUCUACAAUCGGCAUCGAAAUGAAAACAGACAUAAGAGAGAAAUGCCUUAAAAAUAUUGAAAGAUACAGAGAUAUUAUGAAACAUAGAUUUCAUUCUGCAUGGAUAAAUCCAUUUCUGUAUUUUGAUUUUAUAUUUAAUUUCACUACUUUGGGACGCGAACAACAAAAGAUUAUAAAAUCGAUGCAUUCUUUUAUUAAUGAGAUGACACAGCAACAGCUACAAUUAAAUAAAUUGUAUCAAACCGAGACGGAAAUUAAUACAAUUAGUAAGUAUAUUCACAUGUUAUAAGAAGCCAAUAUAAAUUUAACGAUGUUGAAAUGUUUACAAAAUAUAUUCUUUUAAAAAUCGCAAUUAAAUCUCUUUUUAGUACGUUGACAUAAUUCUUUAAUAUAGAAUGUAUAGGGGGAGUUCCCCUAUAGUGCCAGACGCUUAAGAUUUUUCUUAAAUAAAUAAAAAAUAAUAAUAUUUCAUUCUCUUUAUCCUGCAUUAUUUAUCAGUUAACAAUAUUAGAUAUCAAA